GUUGCAUCAGCCGCCGCCGCCGCCCAUCGCCCGAGGUCGAAACACUUCCCUUCUGCCUGCCAACAUCGAGCUUCUUCCUCCGUCGCCCACCGCGCAAGUCUCUCCAAAACCUUCUGCUUUCCCGCGGCUCCCACCCGGGGAGAAAAUUUCAACAACCCUCACGCCAUCCUCCGCUCUCUCCCGGAGCGCCUCGCCUCGACUCCGCAUACUAGGGUUUCUCCGCUCCCCCCGCCGGCCAUGGAGGCGGUGGUCGUCGACGCGGGCUCCAAACUGCUCAAGGCCGGCAUCGCGGCGCCCGACCAGGCCCCCGCGCUGGUGAUGCCCUCGAAGAUGAAGCUAGAGGUCGAGGACCAGCAGCUGGCCGACGGCGCGGUGGUGGAGGAGGUGGUGCAGCCGGUGGUGCGCGGCUUCGUCAAGGACUGGGACGCCAUGGAGGACCUGCUCGACUACGUCCUGUACAGGAACAUCGGCUGGGAGAUUGGGGACGAGGGCCAGAUCCUCUUCACCGAGCCGCUCUUCACGCCCAAGGCUCUUCGGGAGCAAUUGGUUCAGCUUAUGUUUGAAAAAUUCAACGUUUCAGGCUUUUAUGACUCAGAACAGGCUGUAUUGUCACUCUAUGCUGUUGGGCGCAUUUCGGGCUGUACAGUUGACAUUGGGCAUGGGAAAAUAGAUAUUGCUCCAGUUUGUGAAGGAGCUGUUCAACACGUAGGGUCGAAAAGAUUAGAGAUUGGAGGAGUUGACUUGACAAACUUUUUUGCACAAGAACUUAAAAAAUCCAAUCCAUCUGUAAACUUUGAUACUUCUGAUGUUGAGAGGCUGAAAGAGCAGUACGCAUGCUGCACAGAAGACCAGUUGGCGUUUGAAGCUAUAGAAAGCUCAUGCCAACCAGAAAGGCACACUCUUCCUGAUGGGCAGGUUAUAACAAUUGAAAAAGAGCGGUAUAUUGUUGGUGAAGCUUUGUUUCAACCACGCAUUUUGGGCUUAGAAGAUUAUGGUAUUGUUCACCAGCUAGUUACCAGCGUCUCAAACGUUUCAUCAGAGUACCAUCGGCAGCUGCUUGAAAACACCAUGUUAUGCGGUGGCACCAUAUCUAUGACUGGUUUUGAGGAUAGGUUCCAGAGAGAAGCAAAUCUGUCUGCUUCAGCAAUCCGCCCAUCUCUUGUCAAGCCCCCAGAAUACAUGCCUGAGAACCUAGCGAGGUACUCGGCCUGGUUGGGUGGUGCGAUUUUGGCCAAGGUUGUUUUCCCUCAAAGCCAGCAUGUCACUAAGGGCGAGUAUGACGAGACGGGCCCAUCCAUUGUGCACAAGAAGUGCUUUUAGAAACAGCUGCCUUGAACCUGCAUGAUGAGGAGGCUGAUCAUCGCACUACUCUUCAGUGCCCUGUGGGGACCUGUGCUAGCUUCAACCUGCGGUGCUAAUGCCCUUCGACAGCAGUUCCGAGCUGUUCAUGUGCAUCGGUUAGAUUGUAUUUCCCCUAGCUUAUUUAGAGUGCAGUAGAUUCUAAGAUUGACAUCUAUGCACUAGGUGUUUUAGCCCAUUGUCCAACUGUACCUGUAGUAGCAGAAAGUUUGCUGAGAUUGAUCUCUUUUGCAAUUUGCAUCACGAUGUUAAUCUGGCUUACGGAAUUGUAUGCAUUCUCUUGUUCUAUUCAUUCCUCUUACAGCGUC